ACAUGAUUCUGGACUGGUAGCGGCUGAGCAGGAUCCGGCAGCAUGGCAAACGAAGAACGACGAACGAAGCCGGAAACUUCUACGAUGCAGUCUUUUCAGAUCAGGAGGGUCGACAAGGCCCUUGAUUUGCUCGCCAUCCAGCGGCCAUUUCCCGACGGCAAGCAACGUCAUAUCAGAAAAAGAAAAGCAGACGCUUUGUGCAUAGGAUUUGCUUGCGCCUUCGCGUCGCAUACCGCUCAUUGUAGCGCCUCUCGAUGCCAUCGUGACUCCCAGCAUGUAUGCAUACCGGCUCGUCUUCGAGUGUGCGCGCCCUGCCAACGACAAAGCCAGACGCAUCAUGGAGCAUGCUUCUGCAUACAAAGUACCACCACAAAGUGAUUACAUCAACAUACCCACGUUAGGCUCUAUUCAGUAUAUGUUAGAAAAACAAUAGUAUCGGUACCCUUGAUCAGCCAGCCGAGUCACCGAACUUGAUGUCGCGAUGAGAUGCGUCACAGUGCGCCGGUGCUCGCCUUGCCCUCGUGCCCCAAGACCCAAGCUUACAUGCUACCGACGCACGUAUAGCGAACGCCACAAAGAAUUCUCCAUCGUAGUAGACCGGGUAUGAGUAUUGCCGGAGCUUGGUUGGUGGGAUUAGGCGGCCAUUCCCUGUUAGCUCAUGGCCCAUGUGUGAUCGAGUUGAGGCUUCUGACCUGUGGCGUACGGAGUAGGUAGAUUUCUCAUCGUCUUUAUUUUCGUCGCUCUGAAUGGCUAUUCUUGUAAUGCUGGUCCCUCAGCUCUGUUUCCCCAAAUCAGGCACGCAUAGGGAACCUCGUAUGGUGAAUGCUAACCUGUUUUGGGAUUGACCGUUUUUAUAUUACCGGUCGUCCACCUCCUCCUUCCUCACGUCUACAUAUACACUGGGGCCCCCUUUCCCGUCUUUUGAAAUUAGAACAUCCCACUUCAUAGUGCCCAUCGGCUGACCCAUUCCGCUGGAAGGCUAAACAUCCAAGCUUCCUACUCCACUUUGAUGAUACCAUCGACUGCUGGCGCCAUGUUCCCAACGAUGCACACCCACACUCUCCCGUCCCAGGAGGCGAAUUCACCAUCACAGUCCCAGAUUCGGACACAAGCUUCAUCUCCAGCAUCAUCUCUCUCGGGCCAAGAGCCUGAGAAGAAGCCCAAGAAAGUCAAUAGCGAGCUUCGAAAGCAGCAAAACCGGAUAGCUUCGCGCAACUACCGCGAGAAACGGAAAAGGAAACUACAAUACCUCCAGCAACUCAUCAGGGAAGGUGGUUCACACUCUCCUCAGGCCACUUCGGCAGCCAAAAGCGAAACAACUGGAACACAGCGUCAACAUAAAGGCAAAAGCCAGGCCCAGAGACGUAUCGUGCCGUCGAAUCUGUACUCUCAACCAGCACCCUCAAGCAGCAGCAGCAACAACAUUGCCACCAACCUCACCGGAAACACAAUGCUAUUGCCAACGAGGCCCUUUACGGCACCCCUAUCCACAACCAACAGCAACUCACAGCCUCCAUUGCCUGCACCAACCACAUCCCCCUAUCCCGAACACCCCGUCCCAACCACUCGCCCAUCGUCGUACCUUCCCUUUGACCCCACGUGGCAAACAUCUCCCAUGUACGACAUCCCCCCACCAAUUGAAAUACCAUCGUGGAACAGCCUUCCGCUGCCCUGGAUUCCGAACAUCGAGUUCAGUCCACCCAUGACCACGAGAUCUGCCGAUGACUUCCAAUUUACACCGCCACCACCUCCACCACCGCCGCUCUCCUACUCGAGCUACGAGCAGCUUCCCACUCCACCGCGACAGGAGCUUACGCCUGAACCCGACUUCUACUUUUCCGGCGCUACGAGCGGAAGCUUUGCGGAUUGUAGAAGGGUGCUGUUGGAUGGGGCGCAGAAUAGCGUCAGCUUGCCUAGCUCACCGUUUUGUCACCCACGAUGA